UGUGACGGGCGGGAGCGGGACCUGUUGUGGACGAUGUUGCUGCUGAUCUUGUUGCCGCUUCUCUCCCGGUCUGGAGCCGCCGCACCGCCGGCCUGGGACCCCCACAAGCCCGCGGCCACGGACUGGCUGACCAGGUUUGGCUACCUGCCGCCCCCCGAUGCCGCCAGCGGCCAGCUCCAGGUGCAAGAGGCUUUAACUGAGGCCAUCAAAGCCAUGCAGAGAUUUGCAGGACUCGAGAUCAACGGCCUGAUAGAUGAGGCAACGCUAUCAUUGAUGAAGACCCCGCGCUGCUCUCUGCCCGACGUGGCCGACUCUGACACGGGCAGCCGCAAGAGAGAGGUCCAUCCCGGCACUAAGUGGAACAAGAGGAACCUGUCAUGGAGGGUGCGUACGUUCCCGCGGGACCCCCACCUUGGGCACGACACUAUCCGGGCCCUCAUGUACUACGGGCUGAAGGUGUGGAGCGACGUGGCACCGCUCAACUUCCACGAGGUUGCCGGGGACAACGCGGACAUCCUGAUCGACUUCUCCACGGCCCAGCACCAGGACGCGUACCCCUUCGACGGGCCCGGGGGCGCUGUAGCUCACGCCUUCUUCCCCGGAGACGGCCCAGCCGCGGGGAAGGUGCACUUUGAUGACGAUGAGGCCUGGUCAUUCAGGUCCGCAGAUAUUCAGGUGAUGGACCUGUUUGCGGUGGGGGUCCAUGAGUUUGGCCACGCCAUUGGACUUCCACACUCUUCAUCCAAUGUGUCUAUAAUGAGACCCUACUACCAGGGCCCAGUGGGAGACCCCCUGCAGUAUCGACUGCCCCGUCACGACCAGCUGAGCGUCUGGCAAAUGUACGGGGUCAGGGAGCUGCUGUUCCCCACCAGCCAGCCGCAGACAGAGAGCUCCUCGGACCACCCUGUACUACCCGCUGCCUCGCCAGGACCACGGCCUACCGCCCCGGUGAGGGGGGGUCUCCCGGACAGAUGUAACACCGACUUUGAUGCCGUGGCUCAGAUCCGUGGCGAGGCGUUCUUCUUCAAAGGGAAGUACUUUUGGCGACUGACCCGAGACCGGCACCUGGUGUCCUUGCAGCCGGCAGAGAUCCAGCGGUUCUGGCGAGGACUGCCGGCCAACAUGGGGGGCGUGGACUCGGCAUACGAGAGAACCACUGACCACAAAAUAGUCUUCUUCAAAGGAGAACGCUACUGGGUUUUCAAAGACAACAAUGUAGAGGAGGGCUACCCGCGAUUCAUCGCUGACUUUGGCCUCACGGUGAAGAGCGUAGACGUGGCCUUUGUCUCGCCCCACAACGACACCACCUACCUGUUCAAGGGCAAUCAGUACUGGAGGUACGAUGACCAUUGGAGGAAGAUGGACCCAGCUUACCCAAAGCCAACAACACUGUGGAAGGGUUUGCCCAGUGGAGUAGAUGAUGCCAUGCGUUGGUCUGAUGGAGCAACGUACUUCUUCAAGGGCAAGCAGUACUGGAAGGUGUCGGGCAACAACAUGGAGGUUGACCGAUCGUCACCACAGCCAGUGGGCAGGGACUGGCUGUCGUGCAGUGGGAUGCAAGCGGACUCGUCUAUAGGGGAGCGGGCCGAGUCGCGCCCGCGGUCAGCCCCGCAACCCGGGCACGAGACGGGCGGCGAGAGAAGGAACUGCACGUGUGGGUCGGGGGCGGUGACCCCACGACCUGCCAUCCCACUGAGACACGAGGCGUUCCUCCCUCUCCUCCUUGCCCUGCCCCUCUGCCUGGGCACCGUGUAACGGGCAACGCCGGGGUUACGCCAACACCAGCGGCUGCUCCACCGGCCCGGUGACAGUUCACCGCCCGCCAGCCCACACGCCCGCCGUGGGUCAGUCUCGCCGACAAGUCCAGGGAGCAUCAGAGGAAGGAGCGAAGACGCCAACACUGGCUCCAUGUGGCACUGUAUCCCCGACACUGUCUCUCCAACACAACUACCCACUGCAAGACAGCCCGACCUCUCGCCUGCCCCGCCACAGAAACACUGGGGCUUCAUAUCCCUACGGGCAAGGCUGGAACAGAGUCCAAGAUCCCAUGGUGGCGACCAACACAUGUUCUCAGCUCCUGGCCACAGAUUAUUUAUAUAUAUAUAUAUAUAUUAUUAUUGUUUUUCACUCAGUGGCCAGCGGGAAACUUGUUCAUUAGUUCCCUGGCUGGGUUUGGUGUCGGUCCUGAUGCUGGGACAGCUACCUCCAGUGGUAGAUACCUCUAGAUGGAGAGAUACCAACAUUGGGAGAGAGGUGGGGAGUCUUCUGUGUAGGGGAGGGGGGUGGAGGGGAGUGGGGUAUCUUUGCAGGGGGUAAUAUCUGUAGAGGGAGAGAUACUUCCAGAGGGAGGAAGGUCUCUGGAGAGGGAGAUAUCUCCGGGAAGUCCCAUGGUCAGACAGAUGCGGAGAGGUUUGGAACUCUUGGUGAUUGUUUUGUGUGCCCGUGGCCUCUGGUUCUCUCAGUUUCCCCCCCCCCCCCCCCCCCCCC